AUGUACGAGUUUUUAUACAAAACCGCGGUAUGCGUAUCGAGGCGGGAAAGAUCGAAGAUCGCGGAUUCGGAGAAAGAGAAAGGUGAGCCCCCAGCUAAAAAGAAGAAACACGCCGUUAAUAAGGCAUUUCUGUUAAACACGUCGCGUGUUUGUGUAGCAUGUAAAGUAAAGAAACAUCCAUUAUAUAUAUGCGACGCCUUUAAGCGCUUGUCGGUACCUAAGCGUAUCGAAUUAGUAAAGGGCGCCAAAUUACUCACAAGCGCUUCGGUGUACAUUAGGGAUUACAAAAAGGGCUUUGUCAAGUGUCGCGCCUUACUAGAUACAUGUUCGACCACUAAUUUCAUCUCCGAGUCCGUUGUCGAACGUCUAGGUAUCCCGGUAAUUGAGAGCGCUACGUCGAUCGGCGCUAUCAACGACACAAGUACCAGAUCGAGAGGCUUUGUGCGCGUCACUGUGCAGUCAAUACAUGACGGCUUCUGUAGAGAACUGACAUGUUUGACGAUCCCGGCCAUAGCGAACUCGAUCCUGUCUGAAGCCUUUCCGCGAGAGCUCAUGAAGUUACCGUCGAAUAUUAAGCUAGCCGAUCCAAAUUUCCAUUUGCCCCGGCCCAUAGAUUUAUUGAUCGGAUCAGGAACGACUUUAUCGCUUUUCUGUAUAGGUCAAAUUAACUUAUCAUAUGCGGGCCACGAUUUAUAUAUACAGAAAACGCGUCUUGGUUGGGUGGUCGCCGGUAGUGCUCCGUUUUGUUCUUCUUCAAAAUUAAUGAAUUGUCAGCUAAUCGACUUAGAGAAUCAAAUUACUAAGUUUUGGAAGAUUGAGGAGAUUUCCGGGACACACCCGAGAUCCAAGGAAGAAAUCGAAUGCGAAGCUCACUUCGCGAAAACGGCUUCUCGCAACGCGAACGGACGGUAUGUAGUUUCGCUGCCGUUUCGUGAUGCGUGUAAACACCUCGGAGAGUCGCGAAGUAUGGCGCUUAAACGAUUUUCGGCAUUGGAACGAAAGUUUGACAGGAACACGUCAUUUAAGGAAGAAUAUACGCGAGCGUUCGAACAAUAUCUCAUAUUAAAGCAUAUCUCAAUGGUAGACGACGCUGAUACCGACGGGUACUACAUGCCACAUCACGCGGUUUUAAAGGAUUCGAGCGACAUUACCAAAAUCCGGAUAGUGUUCGACGCAUCGGCAAAAACGACUACCGGUACAUCGUUGAAUGAUGUAUUAAUGGUGGGGCCGACGAUACAGAAUACGCUAUUUGCACAUUUAAUUCGUUUUCGAACCUACGAAUACGCGGUGACCGCGGACAUCGAAAAGAUGUAUCUACAAGUUUUGCUACGCGAAAGCGAUCAGAAGUAUCAACGCGUUGUGUGGCGUAAAACCGACAAGAUUGAGACUUUCCAAUUUAAUACUCUCGCGUUUGGCGUGUCGUCUUCACCAUUUCUCGCAAUCCGCACCCUUCAUCAAUUGGCGGACGAUGAGCGUCGCGUGUAUCCCAAAGCGGCCGAGAUACUUAAAACACAUUUAUACGUAGACAACUUGUUGUCAGGGGCAAAUGAUAUUGAUGAAGUGAUAUCGAUAAGAGACGAUAUUUCCGCCUUACUUGCUCGGGGAGGUUUUAAUAUUAGACAGUGGGCAUCGAAUGAUGAACGCGUUAUGAAGGACUUACCGACGCGCGCGUUACAUGCAAGCCUUGCUUUAGAUACAGACCAUUCUUUAAAGACGUUAGGUAUAUCGUGGAGCAUACGUGACGACGCGAUAUGUUAUACGACUACUCCUAUUCAAAUUUUCGAGAAGCUCACAAAAAGAAUUCUGCUAUCCGCGGUCGCAAAGAUCUUUGAUCCGUUGGGUUUGUUGGGACCAAUAGUACUGUACGCGAAAAGGUUAAUGCAGGACGUGUGGCGUUCCGGAGUGCAUUGGGACGAAUCCGUUUCGGAAAGCAUAUAUACCCAAUGGCAGGAGUUCGUCAGACAAUUAGGGCUGAUAGAUCAAAUCUCCUUUCCACGCAAAUUAUUAGUCAAGGACGCCCGUGACGUACAGAUUCACGGAUUUUGCGAUGCCAGUACAACCGGAUAUGGAGCAUGUUUGUAUAUACGUUCGGAGGGAGUGACCGGUUUAGUGAUUUCUAGACUUUUGUGUGCGAAAUCGCGGGUCGCGCCGUUGAAGUCUGUUACACUUCCGCGACUUGAGUUAUGCGGAGCGUUGUUGUUGGCUCGUCUAUUCAGCGAGGCCAGUAGCGCCUUGAAUCUUACUCCUAGCAGAGUGGUUUUUUGGAGUGAUUCGACUAUCGUUUUGCACUGGCUGAAGUCCUCACCUCACUCCCUCCACACGUUCGUGGCCAAUCGCGUUAAAGAAAUUCAGGAGAUAACUAGCGCGGGUGAAUGGCGACAUGUUCGUUCCGGGGAUAAUCCGGCUGACGCGAUUUCGAGAGCUCAGUUGCCUCGGGAGUUCGUGAAAAAUCAAACGUGGUUCGAAGGGCCGUCGUGGUUGGUUAGAAACGAGAGCGAGUGGCCUAACGCCAUCAUGCGUGCGAUCGAGAUUCCCGAGAUGCGAAAAAACAUAUGUUUACAGACAGACGUGAGUAAGUUCGAGUUGCUCGAACGGUUUUCAUCUUAUUCGAAGUUAAUUCGAGUCGUGGCGUAUUGUCUUCGCUUUCGGCGUGACAGUAAACGUACUAAAUCCUUAAGCGCUGAGGAAGUCAAAGAAUCGGAGAUUCGGGUGCUAAAGGCGUCUCAAGAGGUUGCAUUCCCCGGCGAAAUCGAAGCUCUCAAGAGCGACCGCGUAAUAAGCAAGACUAACAUCGCGGCUCUGAGUCCGUUUCUUGAUCAAAGCGGUCUCAUUCGAAUUGGGGGGCGUAUUAGGAGAGCGGAGUUAACAUUUUCACAAAAACACCCGAUUUUACUUCCCAACCGAUGCCACUUAACCGAUUGUAUAAUUCGUGAGAUCCAUAAUAAUAAUCAUCACACGGGUAUCCAAGCUACUCUGAAUAUCCUCCGACAGAGAUUUUGGCUCCUCGAUGGUCGUAAUCAGGUUCGGAAAGUUAUUCGUACGUGUACACGCUGCUCGAGAUUCAAUGCCAAAGCGGUCGAAUAUAAAAUGGGUGACCUUCCACCGGUUCGGGUACGCCAGGCGAUUCCCUUCUCUAACACUGGAGUCGACUUUUGCGGCCCCUUCUUUAUUAAAGAGAAAAAACAUCGUAACCGCACGCGGGUCAAGGUAUACGUAUGCAUAUUUGUAUGCAUGACAAUUAAGGCAGUGCAUCUAGAGGUUGUCAGCGACCUAUCCUCCGAAGGUUUUAUUGCCGCUUUACGUCGCUUCAUCGCGAGAAGGGGAUUGCCGCAGCAUAUUUUUUCCGACAAUGGAACCAACUUUGUAGGCGCAAACAAUAAGCUGAGAGAAUUAUACGUUUUAUUUAACUCGGACGAUCACAGAAAUAUCGUGGAUAGAUUCGCGAGCGAACGGCGAAUCACGUGGCAUUUCAUCCCACCGAUGGCACCGCACUUCGGCGGUUUGUGGGAGUCGAUGGUACGGUUGUUCAAGCACCACUUUAAACGCGUCGUCGGAGACUCUCUAUUUACCUUCGAGGAAUUAGAUACUUUUACCACCGAAGUCGAGGGUAUCCUGAACUCCAGACCGAUUACAUCCUUAUCAUCCGAUCCAAACGACAUAUUAGUCUUAACCCCUGCACAUUAUUUGAUUGGAAAACCACUAAUAUCGCUUCCGGAGGGCAACUUGUCACAUGUUCCAGUCAAUCGUUUAUCUACCUGGAAGCACAUAACAAAGGUGCGACAAGAUUUUUGGGCACGAUGGCACAAAGAAUAUUUGAACGAACUACAGAAGCGCAUCAAAUGGGUCAAAAACGGACCGAAAAUUGAGGUCGGAACGAUCGUCACCAUCAAAGACAAAAACCUGCCAUGCAUGCAGUGGGCACUGGGACGUAUUCUACAAGUACACCCAGGCGAGGACGGAGUCGUACGAGUGGCUACUGUCCAGACCGCAGCCGGAGUGAUAAAAAGAUCAACAUCAUUGUUGUGUCCACUACCGUUGAAGCAAUAA